AUGCAAAUCGGGGCUUUACUGUACGUGGCGGUCAACACUCGACCCGAUAUCGCAGUUAGUGUUACCAUUCUGAGUCAGCAUAACAAGGACCCGACAUUGAUUGACUGGACGGAGGCGAAAAGAAUCACUUGUUAUCUGAAAGGAACCAUAGAUGUGAAACUAAAGCUUCGAGGACAGGAUGCUGUUAAAAGACUAAUUGGAUUUGCUGAAGCGAAUUGGGCAGCAGAUAAAUCUGACAGAAAGUCUAAUAGCGAUUAUUUAUUUCAACUUUACGGAGCAUCUAUAAGUUGGGCAUGCAGGAAGCAAACUUGUGUUGCUUUAUCAUCAACCGAAGUAGAAUAUGUUGCACUAGUGGAGGCUUGCCAAGAAGGAGUUUGGGUUCGACGACUAUUGGAAGAUAUGAAACAAAAACAACAAGGGCCGACAGUUGUUUAUGAGGACAAUCAAAGUUGUUUACAAUUGAUUUGCAACAAGAAAUUCAGUCAUCGUACGAAACAUAUAGAUACUAAGUACCAUUACAUCAAGGAUUUAAAGGACCAAGGGAUCAUGGAAUACAAGUAUUGUCCAAAAAAUCAAAUGCCUGCAGAUUUAUUGACAAAGCCGCUAAAUGGAAACAAGCUCAGAUUUAUGCUUAAGAUGUGUGGGUUAUCUCAUCAAUAA